AUUAUUGUUUGAUGAUCGGUUGUGUUGUUUGUAGUCGGUAAUGUUAUUGUUGAUAUUCAUAUACUCUAUCGUAUUGUUGUUGUUGGAGACCACUAACAUUUUAUUCGUAAUGUUUUGUUGAACCAUCAUUAUUCAACGUCUGAAUAAAAUAAAAAAAUCAAAAUAAACAAUUCAGUUGUUUCAUAAACUCGCCAUUGAGCAGGUCAGCUCUUUAUUGCUUAUUUUUUUGUAAAUAAUAUAAAUUUCAUUUCUAAAUCUACGAAGAAAAUCCACUGGCCGGCUAAAUUGGUCAUUGUUUUUAUUAUUUUUUUACAAAACGUAUACAAAACACGGGAUAUACGAACAAAAUAUAUAAAUUUAAAUUUUGACUAAUUAAUUAAAAAUAGCGUAGAUUACAAAUAAGUGUAUAAUUUGUAAAUUAUAACAAAUAUUUAAACAGUUAUUAAAAGUGCUCUAAAAUGUUUACAUUAAAUACAAAACAACAUUUAUUUCAAUUAACUUUCAUUUUUCUGCUGCUGGAAUUAAUAUUCAUUCAGGUCUCCUUGGUCUCCUCCGCACCCUCCCAGUCUUUGCAGAAUAAUGGCAUCGAUGACAAUUGCGUGCAUACGCUUAAAUAUGAGAAACCUAGUUUCUUUAAACGUCACUUUGACAUGUCAUUCCUAAAGAAAUUCUUUAAACAUUGGAUUCCCUUCACUAGUGCUGAUCGUGUGAAAAUGCAAUUCUUUUUAUAUAAACGUGAUUUUCCCGAAUGUGGUCGUGAGAUACGUACCGAUGAUGAUGAUAGUAUAACAUUGUCCGGUUUUAAUGCCGAUCAUCCCACCAG